UUAUGCCUGGAGAAAUUCUCUGUGGAACUUGCCCAAAGAAGGCAUUUAAGUCCUGUCUGACCUGCAUGGCCUCCUUCUGUGGGGAUCAUGUUAAGCUUCACUACACAACCCCCGCACUGGGCAUACACAGGCUGGUGGAGCCCACUGGAGACCUGGAGCAGAGGCUAUGCCAACAACACAACCGAGAACUGGAGCUGUACUGCAACACUGACCAGAUUGCUAUAUGUGUUCUGUGUGUGGGGAAGGGGCAUAGAGGACAUUAUAUAAUUGACCUGGAAGACCACCAGCAAAUGAGGCAGUCUGACCGUACAACAGAUGUCCCUUCUCCUGGGCCUAUUGACUUCAUAUCAGUGAAGCCAGACUCCUUGAGUUUGUGCUGGGGACCUCCUGAGGGACUUACUAAACCCCCCAAAUUCAGGGUGUCAUGGAUGGGUGGAGGCAAGGAGGAGAGAAUGGAAGUGCCAGGGCUCGGCAUUACCAUUCAGUCGCUCAGUCCAGGAGAGAAGUACACCUUUACUGUUGCCACUGUAGAGGAGGGUAGACAGAGCCCAUGUGUGUCUGCAACUGAGCACACAGAUAUUCCUCCUCCUGAGAAUCUUAACGUGAGGCUCGAUCUACCAUCAGCAGCAGUGUCAUGGAGCGAACCAGCAGGAGUUGGUCAUCUCUCAUACAUGCUGAAUCUCUACAGUGAUGGAAAAUGCGUAGACACUGUCUCCGGUACAUUUCUCGAAUACAGCUAUCCUGAGCUGGUUAUUGGGAGAGAAUACAUCAUCACUGUUUCCACAGUGCUUAAUGGAAGGCAGAGCAAGGCUGUUUCGAGAACCUUCCAAACAAAUAUUCCGGUCCCUGAGAGGGUAUGUGUGGGUUCAGUGACUCCAACAUCUGCUGAUCUCAGCUGGAGCGUACAGGGGAUGCAACAGAUUCCCCACCGAUUCCGGAUCUCCUACUGGUGUGAAGGGACUGAACCAUGGACCAUGUAUGCAGCAUUGCCCACCACAACUCUUACAGACCUGCAGCCAGAUACUCAGUACACAAUCAGUGUCUGCUGUGAGCUUGACAAUGGGGGGGAAAGUGAGGCUACCUUAGGAAGUAUAAAAACGGGUGAUUUUGUUCCAGAUGGAUUGCUUGUAGAUGCCCUAGAUGAAGAGACUCCAAGGAAUGUUCCAAGGGAUGCAAAUGUAUACAAUAAUUAUACAAUAUACAAUGGUACUGCAUAUGGUUCAGAUGGCAGAUGGAAGGCUGAAGUUCGUUGGAGCCAACUGCAGGGCUUGCAACACAUUCCACACAAAUUCCUGAUAUGCUGCUCCAGUGAAGAGGAUGGACAAAUGAGAACCUCUACAGAGUCCUGCAGCAUAACUCUUCAAGACCUGCAGUCAGACACUCAGUACGAGGUCACUGUCCGCUGUGAGCUCCAAGGUGGAAAAAAGAGCAAGAUGGCAACCACCACUUUCCACACGAGUGAGAGGAGGAUUGUCCUUUUGGGGAAGACAGGCGAUGGCAAAAGCAGUGUUGGAAACAGCAUCCUGGAAGAAGAAGUCUUCACAGUGGAUAGUAGUCAGCAUGGAGUAACACACCAGUGUUUAUCACAUUCCAAGAUAAUUAAUGGGAGAAAGUACACAGUGAUUGACACUCCUGGAUUCUUUGACUCUGGUAUUGCAGAGGACUCUCUAAUUCCAGAGAUAGUAAAAUGCAUUUUUCAUAGUGCACCAGGUCCUCAUGCAUUUGUUAUAGUGUUAAGAGUAGGAAGACAUACAGAGCAUGAACAUCAAACUAUGGACAAGAUAAGAAAUAUAUUUUCAGAUGAUGCAUUUAAACAUGGAGUACUUCUCUUCACACAUGGUGAAGAUUUGGGGGAGAAGACUAUUCAAGAGUUUGUCAGUGAGGAACAGGGCACUCAGAGAAGGGGAACCACACUACAUGACCUUGUAGAGAAAUGUCAUGAUAACUAUCAUGUCAUAGACAACAAACAUUGGACUCAGGAAGGAGGGGACAAAAGCAAGAAAACACAGGUAGCAAAUCUACUAAACACCAUAGAACAGAUGGUUGAGUACAAUCGUGCAGAUGGUGCAGACUAUUACACCAAUGAGAUUAUGGUGCUAGUGGAGCUGGCCAUUCAGGAUGAAAUGCAGAAAAUUCGACAGACUGAACAAAAUCAGCAGCAUCAACUAACUGAGAGUGACAUCAGAAAGAGGGCUAAGAAAAUAGUGGAGCGGAGAAUCAUGAUAAAUAAAAAUGUUGUCACAGCAGUGGUAAUGCUCCUUGGACUUGUAUAUUUACCAGCCAUUCCAAAAGAAAAAAUCCGUGAAACUAUUCAAAUUGCAUCAGCUACAGCAAAUAAUCCUUUUCAGGCAAUUGAGAAAGCGUUGAAAAAGUUAAAUGACCUCCGGCCAAGCGUAUUGUCACUUUUUAGAGGACACUUUAGACAGUACCAGCAAAUGGACUGAUGACCAUAACCUAAAGGCUAAUCACUGAUUCUUGAGAAUGUGGCAAAAAUAGGUUUUAAUUUCGAAAGAAAGAAAAAAAAUCCAAAAUAUAGAAAUAUAUUAACAUAGACGAAGGUCAUUUUACAUUUUUCAUAAAAUAGACUUUAACUUGGUUUUGUCCACACCGUCAGACACAGUUAGAAGUGAAAAAAAUAUGUUUCAAAGUGAAAAGUUAUUUCAAUAAUUCAACAUAAUUGUA